AUGUCCGUCAGCUUGGUUGAUCCAAAUAUAAGGCACGCUCAUAACGAUCAAAUUGAUCAAGGAAAUGGCUCAUGGAUUGAGUUAGGAUACCCACAAGAUUCAAAAGAUCAACUUAUACUCAUCGGCAAAGGUGCUAACGGUUUAGAAGGUUUAUCAGAUAAUUUACCGGAAGACCAAGUCGUUUUUGCUAUUUUAUUAGAAAAUUCUUCUCUAGUGCAGCUUUUGUGGUGUCCAGACGCGAUUUCGGGUGUAAAGAAAGCUAGAGCUAUGGUACACGCUAGAGCAGUAGCUAGUCAGUUUGAUAUUUCUUCGACAAUCUCAGCUUCAACAAAGCAAGAUCUGAGCGUCAGCCAACUUACCGCACAGAGUAAGGUAGAGAAGAAAGAGGAUAGCGAAAAACAUACGAAUGGUGCACUACCAUCAGCUGAGGAAUCCGCGACAACCGUCCAAAAUCUAGAUGAUGACGAUGAUAGUGAUGAUGAUACCGACUCAAUUGUUAAUGGAUACCAAGACGUGAACGAGCCAGAUCAGCAAGAGCAACAAAGGCAACUUGAAAUCGCUAAACAAAAGGCACUUCAGGAAGAAGAGCAAAGAGUUGAAAUUGAGCGUAAGAGAAGACUCGAACAUGAGCAAAGAUUACUUCAAGAGGCUGAGCAAAAACGUCGUCUUGAAGCUGAACAACAAAAGAGACGUGAACUGGAAGAAAAGCGUAGAAAAGAGAUUGAAGAAAGAAGGAAAGCUGAACAGGAAGCUAAAUUACGUCUUGAAAUGGAAGAAAAGAGACGCAGGGAAGCGGAAGAAAAGAGAAAGCAAGAUAUAAUCCGUCAGAAAUCAUUAGAACAGGACAGAUUAAACAAAUUAAUCAGUUCUGGACAGGUCGCAAUAAAUGGUAAAUUGUCAGCCUUGACCAAAUCAGGUACCUGGCGUCGUCGUUACUUUGAAUUGAGCAGCAAAGCACUCGCUAUAUACAAAGAAGACUUGAGCUCCAAAACACCUAUAGAAGCUAUACCAUUAAGCAAAACGACGCAAAUAGUCGACAGCUAUGAUGAACUACUUAUCAAGCACUCAAUCAGAUUAACUAGCCAAUCAGAUGAGCUCUUCAUUUACCUCGAUAACCAAGAAGCGAAAUCUAAGCUGAUGAGCGCAUUGCAAUCUGCCAUAAAGAAUUAA